AUGGAAAGCCGAGCAUGCCAGGCCUACAAUGGAUAUGCGAGAUUGAUAUGGGAUACGUCAAGCCUGGUCUCCAGCCGGCAGCCUGCAACAGCUGCCAGCUUUGAUCCCAAGCCUCAUUUGCAUCUUCCAUCAACUUCCCUCACAAAGAUGAAGAGUCUAGAAUGCUCAUUCGGCCCCAACAUCGAUGCCCGAGAUCCCAACGAGUCCACCCUACGCUAUAGACCAAAACUAUCGCUCAUAUGCCUCUUCAUCAACCAGCUCGGAUUCCCACAAGUCGUCCUCUCCCGCCCCGCUUCCUCCUUCCACUCCUCUUACUCGCCGCCCACUCAGCUCAAGACUCUUGCGUUUAUCAUGGACCAGUUGGAUUGCUCUCCCGAUUGGCAUGGCACCUCUUAA